AUUUUUUUGUUAUUUAAUAUGUUGGUUGCAUUCCAAUGUAUCAAGAUGUAUUAGUUUGUAGUAACUCUAUGAGUACAUGUUAUCUACACGUGUGUUUAAAAGUUUUUUUAAGCUUAGUAGUUGCUGUACCUAUUUGAGAAUGUACAGAAUCAUGAGUAUUUUCUUGUGUUUUUAGCUGAUGAAGUGUAUAUUUUUUUUGCUUUUGUCCUGGUAAAGCAAUGUAAUUUAAGUCAUGUCAUGGAGAUGUAUAUUUUUGUGUGAAAUAGAUUUUAGUGUGUAUUUUCUUGAUGGUAGAAUAUGUCAGCAGUAUGUAUGUAAUGCAUUUUAAGUAGUUUGUUAGUAUUUUGUUUUGCGAGGACGCAAAAAUUUAAGGCGGGAUGAAUGUGAGCUUGCGCUCCCAGAGCUAUAUUUUUAUAUAUUUUAUUUUUAUAGGCUAGUGCCAAACUUAUUAUUUCUACUUCCGCUUUUUGUGUAUAAAAAGUGAUGCCACGCUGUUUUAAAAACAGUUGAGUGUACAGUUGACCAGUGGUCAGUACCAUAUCUGUCUGUGUGACAGCUGAAGAUCGUUGUGGUCUGUAGUCUAAUUAUAUCUUUAUUCCUGUACCUGGGACGGCCUGUAAGUGUAGAAAUAUUUUGUAUAUUUUUACUAGAUCUAUACUAUGUGUAAGGUAGUUAUUUUAUUUUCUACUCUUGGACUAUUUGUCAUAAUAGUUGGCAACAUGCUGUACGGAAGAUGGCGGCGUCCAUCAGUCCUAAUAGAAUAUAGAUCUAAUAUAGUUUUGCAUUUAUGUUUUGCAGGCUAUUAUAACUGCUGCUUUUAACUGCUGCUUUUAACUGCUGCUUUUAGCUGCUGAAUAUUACUGCUUAUAGAUCUAGCUGCUGUUUAUAACUGCUGUUGUUAGAUCUUCUAAUUCUAGGGAAUCUAGGAUCUAAUGAUCUAGUGUUAUUUUGUUUCUGCUAUUGAUAGAUCUAGUUUUGUUAUUGUUUCUGUAGAUCUAGUCUAGAUCUAAUUCUAGGGAAGCUAGUGUUACUUUUUUUUUGCUAUUGAUAGUUUUGUUAUUGUUUCUGUAGAUCUAUUCUAGAUCUAAUUCUAGGGAAGCUUAAGCUAGUGUUAGUUUAUUUCUUUAUUAUCGCCUUAGUAAACUUAGUUAUAGUUAUAUUUAUAGUCUGUUUCUCAGUUCUGUUCUUAGUGAAUAGUAAGGUACUGAGCCUAAGGAUAAGAUAUUCUUGUUUUAGUGUUAGUGUUAUGAGUGUAAUAGUAGGAUAUUGUAGUGUGUUUGUGUAGAUCUAGGUCUAGUGUAGUAGUGGUAGUGAUUUAGUUAGAUAGUUGGUUUGGUUAGUUUGUUAGUGUUUGUAGUGUAGUGGUGUAGAUUUAGAGGGUUUUAGUUAGUUGAUGGGUUCAGUAGUAGUGAUUAGUCAAGUUAGUGUAUAUAUUAUUUUUUAUUAUUGAUUUAUUUUUGUAUGUAAAUAAAGUUUCUUUUUGUUUUAUUUAUCGUAAACUAAAGUUUUUUAUCUUGUUUUCAUUUAGUUGAGUUAGUAUAGUUAGUUGUCUGGUUACUUAGGCUACUCUAGCCCCUUUGGUCACCAUACCGAGGUGCACAGAUUGAGCCCACCCAGUAGCGCAAACAUCUGCCUACUGUUGGUAAAUUUUAAUGUUGAGCAGCAGAGAAUAGGUCCCCUCUCUAUCCCACUCGCGCCUGCCUGGCCUGCUCACAUUUUUGGUGUCAGAAGUGGGAUCUGUGCUUGAGUGACCAGACUUGUAUUUUUUUAUUGUGAUAGAUUAGGUUUGCGUAGGAGUUUAGGCAUUGAUAGGCGGUAUAGAUAGUGUUAGUUUAGUUGUUUUUUUGGUAUUGUUAUCGAGAGGUUAGUAGGCUUUAUUUUGUUGAGUAGUUACGUAGAUGAACAGCGAGGCAGCAGCAGCAGCAAGAAUGCAGCCGUCUCAGACAGUUAUCUUGGUGCCUAGGACAGAGAUGAGUAUCCGGCGCUUCCAUGGUGAUGGUCCUGCCAGGGAAAUUGAAGAGUUCCUUCAAAAUGUUGAGAGAACUUGGAAGUCUCAACACAUGGUGCAUCCAGAGGAGAAAUGUGACUUCCUCUUUGCACAUCUAGGUGAGGCAGUGAAGGCCGAACUUAGGUGUCACCCUCAGACGACAAGGGCAUGCCCAGAUGCCCUUGUGCAAGUUCUACGCUCCACUUAUGGAGAAAGGCGGAGCAUCAACUGCCUCAUUGGGGAGCUGUUCCGAAUAAGCCAGCACCAGUAUGAGUCUGUCCGCGCAUACUCACACCGUCUCCUUCAAGCAUUUGAAGCACUCACAGACAGGCAGAGAGCUCUAUCUGAAACUCCUUUCAGCAAGUCUAUCCUGAGGGACCAGUUUGUAGAAAACCUCAGUGACAGGAUCCUAAGGAGAGAUCUGCGAGAGAGACUACUUGACAGGCCAGAAACUGAAUUCUUGGCGUUAAGAGACAUGGCCAUCAGGUGGGCCCAGGACGAGGAUGUCGCACCGCAAGUCAACGUCACAUGCAGUGAGAUAAAGAUUGAAGGCCAGCUAGCUGCGCUCUCCAAGCAAGUGGAGGAGCUUGCAGCCCAGAUUGUGCUCCUACAACUUUCGGGACCACAGAACUCUAACUGUCCCCACUGCAACCACCAUCAACCUGAUCACAUUAGCGGCAAUGUGAGACAGAUUACCUCACAACGGCGCGUGGAGACAAAGCGCACUCUUAACCAUAAGAGGCCAACGACGAAGAACAGGAAAUGCUACACUUGUGGCAAACCUGGCCAUCUGGCAAGAAAUUGCAGGCUGCAGAACAGGUUCCAAGGUCAGCGAAAGAAGCCAGGGAACCGGGCUCACCAGCAACACCCUUCUAGAAGCAACUGCUUGAAUUGUGGAAGCCGGGACCAUUUCACCCGAGCUUGCCCUGAUGUCACUGCAGCAUUGAAUCACGUUCAGGUUGCCUCAGUUGAACAACCACAGGCAGUACAACUGCAACCUGCCCCCAAGCCAGCAGAAUUGUUGGUUGAGGUGCCACAGAAUCCUAGGCGAUCCAACACUGCUCCUGAUUCAAUUGUUCGCAGAAACCAACCCGCAGUGGCAGAAAUGAUGUCGAUCCAUUCAGAAGUUGCCUCACCUGACACUUCCAGUAAUCAUGCAGAAAGAGGUAGGGAAACAAAUCCUUUCCUACAGUUUCAUCCGGUCCAACCAGAAUCCACCUUGCUUUCCCAUGAGGUUCCUGAGUUGCAGAAGAAAAGGAACGACCUUCUGAACAUUGGGUGCAGAGUUCUUGUGGAACAGAGAGUCAGAGGCCAGGGAAGAAUGUUCAUGCAGUAUGAACCCUCUUGUUUCGUAAUUACUGCAGUACCCAAGUAUGCUUCUGGCUGGUACAUGGUGGAAGCAGAAGAUGGGAGUACUUACCGAUAUGUAAGAGAGGAGGAAAUGAAGUUCGUUUCCUCACCAUACUAGCAUAAUUCUUCAUUUGUAUAUUUGUAAUUUUUAGUUAAUAUGUUGGUUGCAUUCCAAUGUAUCAAGAUGUAUUAGUUUGUAAUAACUCUAUGAGUACAUGUUAUCUACAUGUGUAUUUAAAAGUUUUUUUAAGCUUAGUAGUUGCUGUACCUAUUUGAGAAUGUACAGGAUCAAGAGUAUUUUCUUGUGUUUUUAGCUGAUGAAGUGUAUAUUUUUUUGCUUUUGUCCUUGUAAAGCAAUGUAAUUUAAGUCAUGUCAUGGAGAUGUAUAUUUUUGUGUGAAAUAGAUUUUAGUGUGUAUUUUCUUUGAUGGUAGAAUAUGUCAGCAGUAUGUAUGUAAUGCAUUUUAAGUAGUUUGUUAGUAUUUUGUUUUGCGAGGACGCAAAAAAAUUUAAGGCGGGAUGAAUGUGAGCUUGUGCUCCCAGAGCUAUAUUUUUAUAUAUUUUAUUUUUAUAGGCUAGUGCC